AUAGUACUGUAAUUAUGUGUCCGAAACAUUACCAACACUGUAGUUUUGCCCUUUCGUCUUCCUUGUUUCGUAUGUGCGCAUCAAGUAAUAAUUUGGCGCUUGAAAAGAGAGGAGCAAAACUGUGAAAUAAACGCAUUGUCAAUUUGUUAGCCUUUUGUCGUUUUAUUUGACAUUGUCAUUUUAUUUGACAUUGUCAUCCUCUAGCGCCAACAAUUUUUAUUUCGCAUUUGCGAACCACCAUCAUUGCACCUAGCGCCGCCAUUACAGUCACAUGUAAGUAUAAGCCAAUUAACAAAUGCACCAUGCACUGUCAUGACCACGGCCGCGACAACGCCUGUGCCACUGCUACCGCCUCUUGAUUCUGUCGCAGCAUUAACGUCGACGUCGCCACAUAUGUAUACUUCUACACAAUUAAUGCCAUCACAGAAUGUCGCCACCAUAACAACGCCAGCGUACGUAGCUACUGCCUUUAGCUCUACCGCUCACGCAACGAACACUUUGCAGCCGCCCCGUAUAUUUACUGCUGCGCAAUUAGCAUCUACCUCAAUAUUUUCAACGCCGUUAACCAGUACCUAUUCAGCGAAAUCCAUAGCAGGAGCAGCGGGUACAACAAUGCCGCAAACCCCUGACUCCGUUUACGCACAAAUAGCUGCCGCGGGGAGUUGCUUGGGAAAUAUAGCCAACCUAAGAAAACUCCAAGAUUUGCCUGAAUUUAGUGGACAGCCAGAAGAUUGGCCUAUAUUUUUUACAUCGUUUGUUCAAUCCACUGCAGCGUAUAACUACACAAACUAAUCAGCGUUUGUUGAAAUGCUUAAAGGGUGAUGCUCGUGAAACUGUAAAGUGUUUAUUAAUACAUCCAGACAACGUCAACGCAGCAGUGGAGCAGCUGCGGCACAGAUACGGAAGACCCGAGCAGCUAAUUCAAAGCCAAUUGCGAAGUAUACGUGAAUUUCCCCAAAUUUCAGAACAAAAUGUUGGGAAAGUAGUUUCGUUUGCCACCAAAGUAAAAAAUUUAGCAGUAUUUCUGCAGAGUGCCAACGGGCAGCAACAUUUAGCCAAUCCAACGCUCCUGGAAGAGCUUAUCUAUAAAUUGCCAAUGAGCAAGAAGCUGGAAUGGGCCAAAGUGGCCAUGCAGAUUCAUCCUUACCCAACAAUCAUCCACUUUAGCGACUGGAUAAGUGAAGAAGCAAGCCUUAUCAAUAGUAUUUAUUACGUUGAUCGAGAAGUCAAACGCAGAGUUCUGCUUAAUACCACGGAGCAAAUUUAUCAUCGUGCCCAAACUUCUCAUUGGCCUAGACCACGCUCAUCUAGGCAUGCCUAUUACAACGAGAUACUCUGAAGCCUCAUGCCCUAUUGCCUGCAGUACAAAACUCGGCUGGACAAUAUACGGUCCAUGUUCAAAUGUUGCUCCAAAACCGUCAAACUUAUGCCUCCUUACUAACUGGCACAGUAUUGGCGUGAGGCCAGCUCCUCCUGUUGAGAGUUGUGAUGACAUCAGGGCUAAGAAGACUCUUGAAAAUACAACAGUCAGAAUUGGUAAUCGUUUUCAAACUGGACUUUUAUGGAAAACUGAUGACGUCAUCUUGCCCGACAGCUACGGUACAGCUUUAAAGCGCCUGGAGGGGAUAGAGAAAUCGUGACUGGAUACAUUGGAAAAGGAUAUGUACGGAAGCUAUCGGACAAAGAGCUAAAUAUUUUUAGUACAAGAAAAUGGUAUCUGCCGCACUUCGGAGUGACCAAUCCGAACAAGCCUAUAAAGAUUCGGUUAGUUUUUGAUGCAGCCGCCCAAACUGAUGGAGUAUCCUUAAACUCACAUUUGCUAAAGGGACCACAGGACAUCGAACUAUUGCCAAAUAUACUUUACAACUUUCGUCGUGGAAAAGUAGCCGUUUGUGCCGAUAUACGUGAAAUGUUUCAUCAAAUUUCUAUUCAGCCUGAAGAUCGUAUAAGCCAACGUUUUCUCUGGAGAGAUGGUGAUCAAACAAAGGGAUGAGUAUGAAAUGCAGGUCAUGACAUUCGGAGCCACAUGUUCGCCGUGCUCAGCUCGUUUUGUUUUAAAAAUGAAUGCCCUUCAGAAUGACCAAUGCAAUCCCAGAUCAAUCAAAGCCAUCAUUAAACACCAUUACAUAGAUGACUAUGUAGAUAGCUUCGAUAGUAUUGAACAAGCCAUUCAAAUAUCACUCGAUAUACGCCGCAUCCACGCAAAUGUGCUUGCCAAGGAAGGGUCUGAAAAAGUCUUAGGCGUAUACUGGGAUUUUGUUUCAGAUGACUUUCAUUUUCACCUAAAAUUUCACCGGGUCGACAACUCCGUAAUUACUGGUCAAAAAACUCCGACCAAACGUGAACUUUUAAGCAUAAUCAUGUCUACCUUUGAUCCCCUGGGCUUUCUGAGCUGCUUUAUAGUCGGUGGAAAGUUAAUUUUACGUGAAGUAUGGCGCAGUGAAUGCAAAUGGGACGAAGAGAUUCCAGUUGAUCUGGCCCAAUCCUGGGAGAUGUGGCGAAAACAACUGUAUAACGCAGCAGACGUUCGUAUUCCUCGUUGCUACUUUGCCUUUGGGAUUCCAACAGAAGUCCAACUUCACAUAUUCGUUGAUGCGAGCGAGUUUGCAUUUGCCGCAGUUGCCUACUGGCGAUAUGAGGUUGGCAACGAAAUACACGUCAGUUUUGUUACUUCCAAAACAAAAUGCGCGCCCUUAAAAACUGUCUCAGCACCUCGUUUAGAACUUCAAGCCGCAGUACUCGGCACUCGUUUGCUGCAACAUAUUUUGGAAGGCCAUGACUUUUCUCCAAAAUCGUUUACGCUAUGGAGUGACUCCAAAACGGUCUUAAAAUGGAUCGGCAGCAAACACAGACGAUACAAACCGUAUGUUGCACACCGAGUAGCAGAAAUCCUAUCGACAACGGAUGUUUGUAACUGGAAGUGGGUCUCGACGGAUGACAAUAUUGCCGAUGAAGCUACACGCUUCUCAAAUAAAAUAGAUUUUUCCCCGAGAUCUCGAUGGCUCAUGGGACCAGGUUUUUUGAGAACUAAGGAAAGUGAAUGGCCAAGUUUUUGUGGAAUAGAGGAACAUCUGGGAGAAGAAGAAGAAAUAAGCUCAAAAAGGUGCCUGCUGGUACAACAAACGUCGUUGAUUGAAUUUGCCCAAUUUUCAUCCCUAUCACGAAUAAUUCGAAGUUUUGCCUGGUUAAUUCGUUUUAUCGCCCGUUGCGUGGUAAAAGGGACGAGAUGUGGAGGUAUGGCCUGUCUGCUGGCGAGCUAGCCAAGGCAGAAAAAUACCUCAUUAUGCAGACGCAAAAGGCUUCAUACUUAGCAAAUAGCAUGCAUUAAGCAGUUCAAACCACUGCCAAAAAACAACUGCUUAAAAAUGCUUACGCCUUACAUUGAUGACGAAGGUUUGCUGCGCGUGCAUGGCCGUAUUGAUGCAGCCAGCUCUUUGCCAUACAACACUAGGCGACCAAUUAUACAGGUGUUGAUUACUUCGGUCCUCUUACUGUGAGCAUUGGGCGAAGAACUGAAAAGCGUUGGGUAGCAUUAUUCACUUGCCUAUCUGUACGAGCUAUUCACUCGAUAAAUCGACUGAUAGCUUUAUAAUGUGCCUUAGAAAUUUCAUCAACCGGCGAGGUGUGCCACAUCGUAUACGAUCCGAUAACGGAAAGAAUUUCAUCGGCGUCAGCGAGGAAGCCAAACGAUUCUCUGAUGUAUUUGACAUUGGUCGUAUUCAAGAUGAGCUCUCAGCGAAUGGCGUGGAGUGGCUUUUUAAUUGCCCCGCAAACCCCUCGGAGGGUGGCGUGUGGGAACGAAUGGUGCAGUGUGUUAAAAAGGUGUUGCGCCAAACGCUGAAAGACAUUUCUCCUAAGGAGCAUGUUUUGCUUUUGCUGCUGAUAGAAGCGGAAAAUAUUGUUAAUUCACGCAUCUGCCAGUGAUGUGGAGCCUCUUACUCCAAAUCACUUCCUGAUUGGGGUACGGCAAUGUCUCACAAACUCCUGCGGUUAAUGAGCCAGAUCAGAGACUUCCUGCUCUUCGAAAGCAAUGGCGUGUGCUAAAGUGUCUCCGCGAUCGACUUUGGAAACGAUGGGUGAUAGAAUUCCUUCCCACAAUGACGAGAAGGGUAAAGUGGCGCGAGCAGGUUAGUCCUAUCAAGGAGCGAGAUGUCGUCUUUAUAUGUGACCCGAAUAUGCCUAGGAAUCAAUGGUGCCGUGGAAUAGUGGUCAAAGUCCAUCAGGGGUCCGAUGGUGUGGCGAGACGAGCGGAUGUAAAAACAAAGAGUGGUGUGCUCCAGAGACCUAUGUCUAAGCUGGCCAUUCUCGACCUGGUUGAUGGUGAAGCUGAUCGCUACACGGGGGUGGGGGUGUCGUGGAUCCCCUUAGUGUUUAAUCAGUGUUGUAUAAAUAGUAGUGUAAUUAUGUGUCCGAAACAUUACCAACACUGUAGUUUUGCCCUUUCGUCUUCCUUGUUUCGUAUGUGCGCAUCAAGUAAUAAUUUGGCGCUUGAAAAGAGAGGAGCAAAACUGCGGUAAGUGAUAAUGUAAAAAGUGUUUGCCUAUUACUUAUGUACUUUCUUUACAGAAAUAAACGCAUUGUCAAUUUGUUA